AUAGCUCAGCUGCGGCUAAACGUGCAUCGCUAAAAACAGACGGAUAAGAACAACAAGAAAUUGCAGUUGAAUUUCUUAUUUAGUGCAAAAUUAAAUGCAACAUGCUUUCCAAUUUGAUUGUGACCAAUCAGAAGGUCGUGCUAAUAAUUGAUCAACUGAAUCGCGAGAGAAUCGCAACAAAGUUCAUUGACAGCUUGCUGCAAGAGCAGGGCAAGGGGGCUGAAAAGGUGAAGGUGCUGCCAAUUGGCACGCAACUCAAGCACGUGGACAACAUUGAGACACUGCUGAACAACAACAACAACAACCCAGCUGAACCAACAAAAACCACAACAAAUACAGCUUGCAAUGUCAUAUUGCCAACACUCGCCGAUUUGUUGUGUUAUCAUUGCCCCGCCCACAUCUUUGACUUUAUCAACAAGCUGCGUCGCAGCGAGCAAGUGAGUCGCGUCUUCCUCUGGGCCUCCCCUCACCUCCUGCCCCAUGUGGACGCGGAGUAUAUACUUGCCGGCUGCGAGUAUCUAGCGGAGUUGGUUCUCCGUCUGGAGACAGACACCACAUUGUCCCUGUUAUCCCGCAAGCCCGGCGGCGCUGUCAGCAACAAACGCUACUCGUGUCAAGUCUCCAAGACGGAGUUCAAGGUUACACCUCUCUCGGAGUCUCUGGAGGGGAAACCAACAGCUGUCAAGCAAGAGGAUGCCGUCCAGGCUGCCGAUCCUGGCGCUGGCGGCACCUUUAAAAUCGAACUGGACGAGGAUGAAGUCGUGGCACGCAAUGCACUCACUUUGCCAUACGAGCGCACCAGCGAUACAGCAGAGGGCAACAUUAUAUAUACACCCGAUGCAGAUGAUGAUUUCGAUGAUGAGGAUCCCGAUGAGGAUCUGUUGAUCUAAAAAUAAGUGCUCGCACAGUAAACGGCAGUACAAAUGGCCUUGGCUUUAAAUAUUUACAUAGGUCUAAACAUACAAUACAAAAAUAACACAAAUAACAAUAAUGUUACCUGUAAGCGAGCUCAAUUGAAUUUUCAAAUUCCGGCCCAAUAAUGAAAAUAGAGAAUGAAUCUUAAAAAAACGUGUUCUAUUAGUUGAAUUGUUGAAAUUGUUUUUACUAAAAUGCUAUAGAUACAUACGAUAAGUAUAUGUCCAGUGUUACAAUUGCAUCGCAUAGUUUUACAAUACUUAAACACUAAACAAUUUGUUUGUAAUACUCGUAAAAAUUCACACAGACACUCCUGAUACUCUUUCACACCAAAUCUCAUUACCACAUUUACAUAUAUCACAACAAUCUAGAAGAGAAUAAUAUUGCAUUGCAAAAUUGCAUUAAAUUUGAGUUUUGAGAUUUAGAUCAAGUUUAAGUUUAACAAGUAGAUAUGGAGAAAAAAUUGUUUUGAAUGCCCUGUCAUAGC